AUGCGCUUCUUUACACAGUUUACCGGAGCUGCGCUCCUCGUGCUCGCGUCGACUGCGAGGGCUGUCGAUCUCGAUCCGGAAUCCGAAGAGUCUAUUCUCGCGGCGUCGAAGCAGUAUGCGGCGGGGCUGAUGGCGCUGUAUCAGGGGGGUGCGGAGGGCACGGCAAUAGAGAACGUGGGCAUAUGGCCGCAGCCGCAUUACUGGUGGGAAGGUGGGGCUGCUUGGGGUGGCAUGAUCGAGUACAGCAUGUUCACGGGAGAUGACAGCUUUACGAAGACGCUGCAACAGGCUCUCACUGCGAAUUACGGCCCGGCCAACAACUUCAUCCUGGACUAUCGCCGCAGCCAGACGGGCAACGAUGACCAGGCCUUUUGGGCGCUCGCUGUCAUGUCUGCGCUCGAAUAUCAGUUUCCUGAUGCCGAGAACGCUCCCGCGGACUACCUGGACGUCGCAGUUAACAGCUUCAACAACAUUAUGAGCCGGUGGGAUGAGACCUCGUGCGGUGGAGGCUUGAAGUGGCAGAUCUACCCCGAGAACUCGUAUGGAUACAACUACAAGAACUCCAUUUCCAACGGAUGCGCCUUUGCGCUCGGUGCUCGCCUGGCCCGCUACACCGGCAACCAGUCGUAUGCUGACACGGCUACCAAGGUAUACGAUUGGUCGAAGAAGGUCGGACUCGUUACCGAUAAGUUCGAGGUGUACGAUGGUGCAGGCGAUAAGGAGAACUGUGCUGAGAAGACUAUUGACAAGACCCAAUGGACCUACAACAACGCCAUGUACCUGCACGGCUCGGCUUUCAUGUUCGACUUCACCAAGGGCGACUCCACCUGGAAAGACCGGGUAUCUGGAUUCAUGAGCCGCGCCGAGGAGCUCUUCUUCAAGCCCUACGACAAUGCCACAGACAUCAUGUUUGAGGCAGCUUGCGAGACCGGAGAGACUGGCCGCCACUGCAACCUUGACCAGCAGUCAUUCAAGGCCUACCUGUCCCGCUUCAUGGCCAAGACUGCAAUCAUGGCUCCCUUUACCAAGGACACCAUUACCAAGUACCUCAAGGCGUCGGCUGUUGGUGCUGCGAAGUCCUGCUCCGGUGGCGCUGACGGCAAGACUUGUGGCUCGAAGUGGUACACUGGUGCCUGGGAUGGCAAGUCUGGUGUCGGCCAGCAGCUCUCAGCUCUGGAAGUUACCCAGGCUCUGUUGAUGCUUAAGAAGGGCACCGUCCCAGCCAAGAAGGAUGCUUCAAAGCCGGAACCUGCCACAAUAUUGCCUUCUGCUGGCCCAAGCAACAGCACGAGUGUCCCAGCUCAAUCCCGCUCAUCCGUCAAGCCAGGCGGCGAGUUCGGCGAGAAGCCUUCCUCGAAGUCUUGCACCAAGUCGAAUGGCAGCUCAUGCACCUGCACUCCGAGCGUGACCAAGACAGUCUACGUUCCCCUUGUCACGAAGGCUUCAACCUCGUGCACUCCCAGUGUUACCACGACUGUCUACGUCGCGCCAGCUGUGCCCACUAUCUCCGGAAUGCCAAUCCCCAGCGCAUCUGUUAAUGGCAGUCUGCCUGUGCCGAGUCCGAGCCAGCCUUUGCAGUUUGAAGGUGCGGCAGUUACCAUGAAGGCUGCUGCCACUGCGAUUCUUGCUGCAGUAAUUGUGGCUGCCGCUGCAGCUCUGUAGAUGUUAAACGAGAACGUCUCCCGCCCCCCUUCACACCACUUCCUCUCAUCUGUCAGGAACUGGGUGUCGAUUUUUGUACAUACUGUUCAUUUGUUCUAUAUCCCACCACGACCGGUCGUGCUAUACAAGACAGCCGCACCUUGGUCCAUACAUAUAUGAGGCCUAUAGGUCGUCCGACGCUUAGUGUAUAGGUAUUCAAUUCUACUUUCUCUGAACUG